UGCACCCUUUACCCUCUCGUUGCUGGAAUCCACAGCCAAGAUAAUCCAUUAAGAUGGUUCAACAACACGUUGAGGGUCAAGAUGGUAUGGAGGCUGUCAGUCCAAUGAUGCACCCACCUCAGAGCCCGCCGCAAAGAACGGUCUCAGCCUUCUCAGAGACGAUCGAUAAUACGCCGCCAAUUCCUGUGGAGUACGGACAGAACAGCCAUGGUCAAUACCAAGACAAGAAAUAUCAACCUGACGCGUACGCAUACUUCUCCGCACCGGAAGCUGUCGAACAACAGCAGUACCCUCACUAUGGAGUACCUCCACAGGGACCCGGUUCACCACCACCACAGUAUGCUAUUGCACAGCCCUACGGCGAGAAGGGUAAACAGGACGUAGCUGCCACCGAGGCCGCGGUGGGCUCCCCGCCUCUGCAAGAAAAGAAGAUAGCCGGGAUGCGCAAACGCACCUUCUGGAUCGUACUUUUUGUCGUUGUAGCGCUCGUUCUCCUGGCCGUUGGCUUAGGUGCAGGACUGGGAAUUGGACUGAACAAAAAGGACAAAAAUGAUCAAAUCAUUGCGGACCCAUUCUGCAAGGAAAAACCCGAUCUGUGCAUCGGUGGUGCUUUGGAUUCCCGGUACUUUUCAACGAAGGGGGCGUUUAACGGCUCGGGGAUUGCUUUGGCGGGAGAGUCCUGGAACAACAACGAGUUCCGACUUUUCACAAUCUAUUACCAACAUUGGACGGGGGAAAUCCGAUACAUGCAGUACACGAAGGAUCGCAAGUGGGUUGGAGGCACAAGUAGUGAGACUGUCGCCAAGAACGCGAAGAAUGGAACUGCCAUCUCAGCAGUUGCCUUCACGUUGAACGAGACCUCAUACGUCCACAUCUAUUACGUAUCAAAGGAUAGCCAGGUCAACCAACGAAUUCUUUCCAACGAUACCAACCUUUGGGAGAAUGGGCCGAUCAACGACAUGAAGCUCGAUGUUUUGGACAACCCCAGCGUCGGUCUACAGGCCUGCUACAAGGGCAGCUUUUACGGUGACUCUGACUACAAGAAGUUUCCCACGGCCAAUGGCGAGGAAAACAAAGUCCCCUUCGACGGGGCUACGGGAAUCAAUCUUUGGUAUGCGAGCGAUGAGUCCACCUUCCAGCAGUAUGUCUGGUACUCGAGCAAUGAGAAUGCAUGGGCCAAGGUCGCCCCUUGGACGAACAAAAACGUCCAUGCUGGCGUGGGCUGCUACUCUUGGGGCGCCGGCUCGAACACCUAUACCAUGAUGGUCAACGACAACAACGCGACGGAGAUUUGGUGGAAAGAUGGUAACAGUACUAGUACCAGCAGCGACAAGCACCCCGUCAAUGCGUGGACGAAUUCAUCUGCGGCGAUCCCCAAUGUGGACCCUACGACAUCCCUGGGCUACACAAACUAUCUCUACAUGCAGAUGGAGGACCGGACAAUCAAGGGCUUCAAUGUACAGUUUGAUGCAGAGAACACCUACCUGAACGAUGAUCAGUUUACCAUCUCGCCUCUUGGCGUAGAUGAGCACGCAGUCAGCGGCACCCACUUAACAGCCACAGCGGUAGCUGUAAAGGACGACAAGAACUCGUCGAUCACGGUAUGGGACAGUCUCUACGUGUUUGUACAGACAGAGGGAGACGACAUCACGGCAUAUGCGAGGCCACUCAAAGGUGGCGAGUGGUCAAAGGCGCUCUUGACCCUGUCAGACGAUUAAUCAUGUCACAUCAUUCUUCUGUAACCUUUUCGGAGCAUUGGGCCUGGAGGCAAAGGUGUCUGGCGCAGUAGUUAAUGUUAAUGGGCUUCUAGAGAGGCACCAGUUGCUAUCUCACAUCACCACCCUCCUCUCGUGUGGUUACGAAAACCGGAUGCAAGCCAUCU